AUGGCCUUGUUGAUGUCGGUGUUAGUAACUCCUCCUGCAUGUGGUGUGAGGACAUUUGACACAGGCGCCGGCAAAGUGCACAAGCUAAGUGUGACUCAAGAUGUCACUCUAGAGAGGGGAAGCCAAAACUUCAACAGUUUAGAAUAUCUCAUAGUAUCCAAACACCCGGAAUAUCCCAACAAGCGCUCAUUGGUCCAGUUUGAAGAUCUUCCCAGUUCGUGUCCAUCAUCAAAUGUAAUUUCAGCCAAAAUGUACCUGCACUAUGAAUAUUCCCACGAAGCAAGGUUUAGUUCUAUCAAAAGUGUCCCUUUUAUUCCGCGUUAUUUGCAAGUGUACCUGGUUAAAAAACCAUGGGUUGAAUCUCAAACGACAAGUAAUGUGCGCCUCCGUGGCAUCCCUUGGUCUUCACCGUGGCUAGCGCUCAACAGCACCGACGCAGAGGCAAAUCCCCAGCAGGGAACUGUCACUAUAUUUCCCUACCGACCCACAGGUUUUGUGGAGUUUGACGUCACAAAUGCGGUGAAAGACUGGAGUAGCGGAGUGCCUAAUAACGGCUUGGUGAUACGCGCAACAAAUGAGCUGGAUGCUGGUAGAGACACGCGCUUUGCCAGUAACGCCAAUUCUGAUACUUCAAAGCAUGCGUUUGUUUUGGUACAUUGCAGUGAUGAGGUCCGGCCGUAUACUCCACCACAGCAGCCUUUUGCGACUGCCAACUCGAGUGAUAGUAAUGGUAAUCGUUCUAGCACAUUGGACCCCACUUUUGGGCACACAAUAGUAGCUCUUCCUACACAUGAUGACACAGGCGCGGGUAAAGUCUACAAGCUAAGCGUGUCUCAAGAUGUCACUCUAGAGAGGGGAAGCGAAAACUUUAACUGGUUGGAAUAUCUCAUAGUGUCCAAACACCCAGAACAUCCCAACAAGCGCUCAUUGGUCCAAUUUGAAGAUCUUCCCAGUUCGUGUCCAUCAUCAAAUGUGAUUUCAGCCAAAAUGUACCUGCAUUACGAAUAUUCCCACAAAGCAAGUGAUUUUGUCCCUUUCAGGCCGCGUUAUUUGCAAGUGCACCUGGUUAAAAAACCAUGGAACGAAUCUCAAACAACUAGUACUAUGCGCCUACGCGGCCUCUCUUGGUCUUCUCCGUGGCUAGCGCUGAACGGUACCGACGCUGAGGCAACUCCCCAGCAAGGAACUGUCACUAUAUUUCCCGUACGACCCAAAGGUUUUGUGGAGUUUGAUGUCACGAAUGCAGUAAAAGACUGGAGUAGUGGAGUACCUAAUAACGGCUUGGUGAUACGCGCAACAAACGAGCUUGAUCUUGGCAGGGAUACACGCUUUGCUAGCAACGCCAAUGCUGAUUGGACAAAGCAUGCUUUUGUUUUAGUGCACUGCAAG